CUGUAUAUAAAGUCUUAACUGUGCACUUGGAAGUCCACCCCCUCUGAUUCAGAUAAAAAGGGGUGGAGAACUGAAAGUAAAAAAGCUGAAGAAAAAGUUUGAGACAAAGCGUUACUGGGAGUUAUCUGUCCAACACAGACACAUUUGAUCUACAAUGGCCACACCCGUUCCACUACGGCUGCUGGCUACCCUACAAGAACUAGACAAGGCUACAUUUGAGACCUUCCAGUGGAACCUGAUGCAGGAAACACUCGAAGGCUUCACUCCCAUGUCAACCGCCAGACUAGAGGACGCUAACAGGCACACGACAGUGAGUAAGAUGGUGCAGGCCUAUAAGAAAGAAGGUGCCAUGAAAAUCACACAGAAGAUCCUGGAGAACAUGGAAAUGAUUGAUCUAGCAGAUAAGUUAAAGACAGACGGUGAUAAAGAUCAAGUUGCUACUCCACAGUCUAGCCAGGAUCAAUCUGCAGUCAUGGAGACAAAGCAGUAUGGCGCCCAAUUUGUGGAUGAUAACAUGGAAAAACUUGUUCAAAGGAUUACCAUGGUGAUGCCAAUAGCAGAUGGCCUAUACCAGAAGAAAAUGAUCCAUGAUGAGGAUUACUCUGAAAUCACUGCGGCCCAAACCAGUAUGUCCAAGAUGAGAAAGCUGUAUGUGGCCCUGAAACCAGGAGGAGCGGUGGCUAAAUCAGCCUUUUACCAAAUUCUACUGGAACAACAAACUCUUCUAGUUGAAGAACUGGGUGGGGUUGGCCAGAAAUGAAGUCAUAACUUGAGCGGCUUCUACAGUUUUGGUCUGGACUGACUUUUUUUCAAAUCUCACACAUUGCCUCAGAAAUAUURGUCCUUUCACAAUACUGUUAAACAACAAUGUGUAACAAAAUAUAUAUAUUUUUUAAAUAUCGAA